UUAAGAAAUCCUUCAUUGUGAAAGAACAAUACAAGACAUUGUAUUUGCAUUAUAGAGAAAGAGAGAAGAGGGAGAGAGAAGAAUGAAAGUGUUGAGAGGCGAAGGUGUGUUGAUCAAACCCUGUGCGGGUAAAGAUCAGCGUGAGCUUGUUGAGCUAAACAAUUUUGAUUUGAUUGCACACCCAAUGUACGUGAAGCUCGUGUAUGUUUUCCAAGCUCCUACCCCGAGCUCAGAGGUGUUGAAGGAAGGACUGGCCAAAGUUCUGGCGGAGUUCAGAGAAUGGGCAGGGAGAUACACGAAAGAAACACCGAGUGGGUGCCUUGGCAUCAAUCUGAAUGACGAGGGUGUGCUUGUCAUAGAAGCCGAAGCAGAUGGAACAAUAGUAAAUGCAAUGCCCUUCGAUCCCUCUUCAUUCCUCCUUGAGUUGGUGCCACCCACAUCCACCGUGGUCAAUGAGCUUUUACUCCUGCAGUUUACUCGAUUUACUUGUGGAGGGUUGGUGAUAGGCCUAGCUCGUCAUCAUCAUGUUGCAGACGGAAAAGCAGCUACUUUUUUCAUGAACUCGUGGGCAAAAAUUGUUGGAGGAGAGUGUAUUCUACCUCCACUACAUGACCGAUCUCUAUUAAAAGCAAGAGAUCCUCCCCAGCCAUGUUUUGAGCAUUAUGAAUCUAAUACUGUAAACCAUGAGCACUCUCCAAUACUGUCCACUCUAACCACAAAAAAGUUUCAUUUUGAUGCAAUGUUUUUACAGAAACUCAAGUCGAAGGUAAAUGGAUCUGAUCCAUCAAAAAAACCCUAUACUACUUUUGAAAUCCUUGUUGCCCAUAUGUGGAAAUGUAUUACAAAAGCUCGAGGCCUUGAUGGGGAUGUAAAAACAAAAGCUAGCAUUCCCGUGGGUGGAAGAAGAAGGUUGAAUCCUCCGUUGCCUGAAGAAUACUUUGGUAAUGUUGUCUAUGAAUCAUUUGCUCAAUCUAUUGCAUCAGAGAUCAUAAAUGGGUCUUUAGAAUUUAUUUCAGAGUUGAUACAUAAGUCAGUUACCAAGGUUGAUGAUAAUUUUAUACAUUCAGCGAUUGAUUUUUUUGAGAUGAGGAAAUCAAUGUUAGGGCCACGGAGCCUUAAUGAUAGAACUGAUGUAUUCCCAGUAAGUUGGAUGAAAUUUCCUAUGCAUCAUUUUCAUUUUGGAGUGGGUGGCCCAGUGUAUGUAGGUCCUUCAUUAGUGCUGAUGGAAGGCCUUUUAAUUUUGUAUGAUUCCUGCGGUAAAGAGGGAGGCGUAGAAGUCAUGGUUUGCUUGUCAAAAGCAGAUAUGAAUGUACUUGAACAGAAUUGGUUUCAAGUUUGAUUCUAUUUGUCUUCUAAAUAAUAUAUAAUAAGAUUAUUUGAAUGUUCA